CUCGGUGGCUUUUCUUGCGAUCGUCGAAAGACGACGCACACACGCGCGGUGCCUGGCGUCGAUUACCAUGCACGCAACGUUCGGCGUGCGAGCGGCGGACGUCGCCGCUGCACUAGGAUACGCUCCCGCCGCGGUACGGGGACGCGAGUUGCGCGCGUCCACGAGCGCGACGACGAUGACGUACAGCGGGGCUCAGACGAUGGGGGCCAUCGCCAUCGAGAGUAUGGCCGACGAGUGCGCGGAGCGUCGAAGCUUGUCCUAGGCGGCGAGACGCCAGCCGGAAAACGCUGAGGUGCGUGCGUGCAUGCGUGCGGGCGUACGACGGAGAGAUAGAGACAGAGAGAGCGAGAGAGAGAGAGAGAGACUGAAACCGAGAAGUUCGAGCCUGGACAGCCCGAGGGGUGGGGACGACAGAACGUGAGGCAGACGGACAGAGAGAGAGAGAGAGAGCGAUUAAACGAGCGAACGAUACACGGGGAGAACGAAAAACUGAUCCCGAGUGUUGAGGAGUCAGAGCCGAAAGUUCGUUAUUAAUAGACCGAGGAGGCGAAACCAAGUGCAAGACGCCUCCGGACGUGAGAAAUGUCGCGGGUGUCGCUUAACAAGUCGCAGCCGAGCCAAUACGGCUCGCGUCGUGUCCGAAAGAUCAGCACGACGGAGAGCGAGUACUCCGUGGAGGAGCAGACUCGGCUGACAAGCGGCGGACCCGGGGGUGGCGGCCACGAUGGGGACGAGACCUCCCCAGAGGAGGAGGCCGGCUCCCUCUGCGAGUACCACGAUAUACCGCCACCCCCGGAUGGCGGCUAUGGCUGGGUCGUUGUCUUCGCCUCCUUCAUGUGCAACAUGAUCGUCGAUGGGAUCGCCUACACCUUCGGCAUAUUCCUCGGGGAGUUUGCGAGCUACUUUGAGGAAAGCAGCAGCAAGGUCGCGUGGGCGGGCUCCCUACUCUCGGGUGUCUACCUGAUGGCCGGGCCCGUAGUCAGCGCGCUGACGAACAAGUACGGUUGCCGGUUGGUCUGCAUGGCCGGGAGCUGCAUCGGUACCCUGGCUUUCGUGCUCUCGACCUUCUCCGGCUCGGUCACCGUGCUCAUGUUGACCUACGGCGUCCUGGGCGGAAUCGGCUUCGGUCUCAUCUACCUACCAGCCGUCGUCUGCGUCGGCUACUACUUCGAGACCAAGAGGUCUUUGGCCACGGGGAUCGCCGUGUGCGGCUCGGGCUUCGGUACCUUCAUGUUCGCGCCCCUUGCCGGCAUACUGCUCGAGACCUACCAAUGGAAAGGCGCGAUCCUCAUCCUGGCCGGCCUCAUCUUCAAUUGCGCCAUUUUUGGCGCAUUGAUGAGACCACUGGAGUACCCGAAGGCCUCAUCCGUGAAGCCGCUACUGCAACGAAUGGCAGAAGAAAAGAGAUUCCAAAUGGAGCGCGGAAGUAUCGGUGGAUCAUACUUCAUGGUGCAGCUUCCAGAUGGAUCGAUGGAAAAGAGGAUGAAGAUGCCGAUUAAUAUCGACCCUGGCGUUCACUCUAGCUUCAAUUUAGACCAAUUAGUGCCUGGAACUCCUCUGACGCCAGUACCGACCGUGCCGACUCUGCCCACGAUAUCGGAAGUCAAAGUGCAGGAACACUCGUCGAGCGGCGCGACAAGUAAUAGUGGCAGCGUGGACAUAAAGGGCAGCUUGGUGAAGUCACGCAGUAGAAAAGCCAUCGACGAUACCAAAGACGUGACCAAGGACAUCGUGGACAAGCCCGAGAACGAGUUCAACAAGCCAAUAAUACCGCGUAAUGCGUCGCAGCCGGCAUUCACCACCCACGUCCAGGGUCUACCAAAGAACGGCUCGGUGCCCUUCUUCGAUAGAAUACGUAAAACCAGCACUGGCGAGCGUUACAAGCCGAGUCUCAGCGCUAUUAAGAACUCCAGAACGACCCUCAACUCCAACGGAGACAUCCGUAAGAGCCUCCAUUUACGGCUCUCCACCAGUAGUAUGCUUGGCUCGCGUAAUAACAACACCGAGAUGGAUGACGGCGAGAGCAUCACUUUCACCACCAGCACUAGCCGCAUAGCCCGAGAGAAAUCCAUUAUGGUACGACCACUCUCGAGAAAGGAUAUCUUCUACAGCGGCAGUAUCAUUAACUUGCCGGAGUUCCAGAGCCAGAAGUCUCUCGCCAAUUAUCGACAGAGCGUCCUCUCCAUAUCCAAGUCCAUACGGGGCGUCGACACCAAGGAUGGCGACGUCGAAAAGCAGCCGCCUCUUUGUCCCUGUCUUGAGAUACCGGAGUCUUUUAAAGAAGCUUUGGGUACGAUGAUGGACAUAUCUCUACUAAAGAAUCCAGCCUUUCUCUUAAUUUGCAUCAGUAACGUAUUCGGAAUGGCUGGUCUGUACAUACCAUUCUUUUAUUUAGUUGACGCAGCCGUUCAACGAGGAGUCGAAAGAAAAUACGCUUCGUGGUUGCUCUCUGUUAUUGGGAUAACGAACACCGUGGGUCGUGUCGCAUGUGGCUACGUCGCCGAUUUUCCCCAAGUAGAUUCCUUACUAUUAAACAACGUAUGCUUAAUUGUGGCUACGAUAGCAGUUACGUUAACACCAUUUUGUUACGCUACUGUCCAUUAUAUGGUAAUGAGUACUUUUUUCGGGCUUGCCAUUUCCGGUUAUAUAUCGCUUACAUCUAUCAUAUUAGUGGAUCUCUUGGGCCUCGACAAGUUGACAAACGCUUUUGGAUUGCUGAUUCUAUUUCGAGGCGUCGCGGCCAUCGGUGGCCCUCCAAUUGCAGGAAAUUUAUACGAUUUUACAAAAGAUUACGGAAUAACUUUCUACAUGGCAGGAUUUUGCUUUUUAAUUAGCACUAUUACGAGCUUCGUAGCUCCAACGUUGAAACGCUGCACUACGCCGCAGACUCAGCCUGUGAUAUUAGAUACAUUGACGCCGAUUGACGAAGACAUCGAGGAAGAGAACGAAGAUGAUAUUCCUGAAAUUAUUGAAACUGCACCAUCGCCUCAAGAGCAGCCGGAGAAGGAAAUCAAGCAGAUCGAGUCUGUAUUAUAAGCGAAAAAUCGGGUGCUUCUGCUACUAUGUUUUGCAACAAAGAAAAAAAAAGAAAGAAAAAGAAUUUACCGUCACUCCGAGCCAUAUUGUGAUACGGUUAAAAAUUUUCAUCAAAACUUCGAGAGGUAUUUCUUUUUGCAUACCUCCUGAUUGAUAUGCACAAAAUAACUGAUGAUGACGACCGAUGAAUUUUUUGUACGAUUAUAGACAAUUUCAAUAAUUACUUUAAAUUUUAUUUUUUAACCUUACAAUAAAUUGUAUGGAAACGUGACAUAGAAAAAUUCUGUCGGACCAGCGCACUAUUUAGCUCGUCUGUAUUGAUAAUAUGUAUUGACUGAAUUAGAGGCGUUUAAUUAACUUAAUCAGUAUCGAUUGUCAGUAUGUGUAAAGAAAAUCGCAAAUAUAAAAACUAAUUGAAAUGCGGCAAAAUCAAGGCUUUUACGUGUGUACACAACAACAACAACAAAAAUGUUUUUAUUUCAUGUAGAUAACAAUAAUUAUAAUAUUAAUA